UUAACGUAUAAGGGCAUUUUGGGCAUACGGUGCUUAACGUAUCCCGCGCCGUAUGCGGCGUGGCCAUACAGGUAGAGCCGAGCGCACGGCUCGAGCCGAUACGGCCGGCUCGCAACUACCCUCUCUCCUUCGCGCAAAAAAAACACGACCUGCGCUGAUCACGCGGCCCAUUCCAACGUCGCCCCGCCCCGCCGAUCGCCGCCCUUACCCGCCGAUAGCCGCCUUUCCACGCCGAUCUAGACGUGAUCACGCUGCCAAUUCCAACGUCUUCCCGUUCGGUCGAUCGCCGCCUUCUCCCCGUCUUCACCCGGGAUCUGGCCGGCGCGGACAGAUCUUGGAGUCGCCCGCCGUACGUGAUGUCGCCUCCGUGCAGGUCGUCACGGUGACGUGGCCUACGUGGACGCCGUCGCCGCCCGCAACUCCGUGAUCAACCUCUCCGGGAACGUCCUCGCCGUCCGCAGCCACGCCAGGCCGGCCGAAGUGCACGUGCAUGCCAUUGUUGGUUGAGAGUUCAUUUAAUGGAUAAAGAAACUGGAUUUACGGAUCUGUUUUUGGACACGAGUUGGGAUGGUAGCGAUAGUGUUGAUCGUACGAAUGGUAAUGAUAGUAAAGAUGAUGAUGAUGGCAGCGACAAUGAAUCCUGGUCGUCGUACGAUAAUUUACCUGAAGAGGAUUUUGAAAAGAAGGAGGAGGGUGCUUGUAGUGAAAAGAUAAGUGUCAUGUACAUUCUUUUCGUCGGAUGAAGAACCAUAUGGUACUUACACGUGCAUAUGAUUUUUUUAUGUGCAGGAGGAUAUUGACGUUCAGAACGAGGAAAAUCAUGGUGUUGAAUCUUUCGGGGAUAACAUAAGCCAGGCUAACUUUGAUGAUUGGAGUGGUGAAGAUGGAUAUGAGCAUGAGGAUGGAGCUAAUAUGGACAUUGAGGAAGCUGAAAUCCAGCAACGUGCGUUGGAGACACAGUUGAAGGUUAUGGGUAUGACAUUUGCAUCACAAUGGGAGGCUCACAUGUUCUAUAAUAACUACGCCAAAGACCGUGGAUUCAGUAUCAGAAAAGAUAAGGUGAAACGAGGAAAAGGACUUUCAACCACUGUUCGGUAUAGGAGAUACGUUUGCUCGAGGGCAGGAAAACGUCUCAGUAAAUUUUUAAACCCGGAGGGCCGUACACGCAGGCUAAGACCAGAGACUCGUUGCGAGUGUGGCGCACAUUUAGUCGUGAAGUUGGACAAAGGACGUGGAGUUUGGUUCGUGGCAGCUUUUAUGGAUGAUCACAACCAUUUGUUGGCUAGACCAGAUGAGGUGGUAUUUCUGCGGUCACAUCGAGUGAUGGGAGAUCACCAAAUAGCUGAGAUCUUGGCGAUGGAAGGAGCUGGGAUCAGAAAGCAUAUCAUCGUUGACAACUUCAUUAGCAGGUAUGGCUCGUAUGAUAAGUGUGGGUUUCUGAGACGAGACGUGUACAAUCUAUGUUGCCGAGAAAAAAUGAAGUUGAUUGCGAAGGGUGAUGCUAACACGGCAAUCGGGAUUAUGAGGAGCAGAAAGGAGAAGGAUCCGGAGUUUUUCUUUGAGUACGUGCUCGAUAAGGAGGGCCGUUUGAAGAGCAUGUUCUGGUGCGAUGCACAGUCGCGGCGGGACUAUCAAUUGUAUGGAGAUGUGACGGUGUUCGACAGCACGUAUAAGAUGAACAGAUAUGGUAUGCCGUUCAUCCCCUUUGUUGGUGUAAACAAUCACCGUUGCACCACAGUUUUUGGUUGUGCCAUUGUGUCCGACGAGACCGAAGCGACGUACGUGUGGCUGCUUCAGACAUUCCUGAAGGCCAAUUGUCAGAAAAAGCCAAGGUCAAUCAUCACAGAUGGAGACGCUGCAAUGAUACGAGCUAUUCGGUUGGUUUUGGUUGAUGUGUUGCACCGUCUCUGCUCAUGGCACGUGGAAAAAAACAUGCAGAAGCACCUUAAUUACAAAUCGCUAAGUGAGUUCAUGGCACUCUUGUACUACUCCACCUCUCCAGCCAACUUUGAGGCGAGAUGGCACGCUUUCGUCCGUAAAUGGAAGACUGAUAAAACAGAAGAGUGGCUGAGUAGGAUGUACAGAAAGAGGAGUCUGUGGGCAGCAUCAUAUCUGUCAGAUGGUUUUUUUCUGGGUAUGCGCAGUAAUCAAAGGAGUGAAAGUCUUAACUCUUGUCUUCACCUGCACUUGGACGGCGGUAUGACUAUUGUUGACCUAGUUGUGCAUUAUGAGAAUUGCAUAGUCCGACUACGUGAGAACGAGGCGCAUGAUGACUGUGUUUCAAAUCAGUCAUUGCCACCAUCAGUCACAGAAUAUAAGGAUAUUGAGAAGCAUGCCACCGAAGUAUUCACUCAUUCCAAUUUUUAUAUUCUUCAACAAGAUCUGAAGAAGAUGGGAGAACUUGAGAUUUUUGAGACGCUAGUGGGAGUUGACUGCCACACCUUCAUCGUGACAUGGAGAAAUAAUCGGAAAUUUCAGUUCAGCGUGAAUUAUCGAGCUGAAAACUCUGAGAAUACGAUAGACUGCAGUUGUGGACGAAUGCUUCGGAAAGGAUUGCCUUGCAAACACAUUCUGUAUGUGUUGGUUCAUCUUAAAAAAAUCUAAAAUACCUAAGUGUUGCAUUCUUAAGAGGAUGUCGAAAGUUGCGAGAGGUGGGCUGCCUGCACAGCGAAAGAGUGACUUGUUUGGCUGGGGUUGGACAGGGGCAGAGCAGCGUGCUCGCUAUAGUCAACUUAGUAUAACAGGAGCUGAAGCUUUUCAUGUUGCUUCAAAUGAUCCAUUCGUCUAUGAUGAGUUGAUGCAGUGUCUGCAGAAUAUAAUAGCGAAGAAAAAGGUCCCUGAUGAUGAUGCUGUUGGUAGUACAAGAAAUGUGCAUGAGGAUCCACGUCAGCUGGAACAACAUGUUGAUGUCAUAGGUGAUCCCGUGAAAGUUUCCACGAAGGGCGCCCCUAAACAGAGCAGGACAGGGCGGGCAAAGAAAGAUCCAAAUGUUACAAAGAAUGGAAGACCAAAAUCAUUUUCUGAGAAAAAACCCGGUCCUCUUUGUGGCAUUUGUAAGAAAGAGGGCCAUAGACGGCAAACAUGCUCUGAGAAUGAAAAGAACCGGGCAUAAAGAUGAAGUACUCAUAAUCAGUUGAAGGCACUGGCAAUUUCAAUUUAUUUGUUUAAGAAUAAGAGACAUGGCACUUUGAGUUUAUUCUUUAAACCACCUUGUUUGAUGAAAGUCAUUAGCACUUUCAGUUUAUUUUUUAAGAAUAAUAGACAUGGCACUUUGAG